ACCAAUUCACUCAUAGCUUCCAGUCCAGAAGAAGAAACCAAGUGAGCGCAGCUACUUCCGCUCAAGUUUCAUCGUAAGUGAAAGAAGAGAAUGAAGCCAAUCGACGACAAAAAAGACAAGGUGACGAUCAGAGCCGUAAGUCAUGACGAAGAAGGGAGGAAGAGGGUGGAGAAGACGGAGCUGAACACCCAUAACAUAGACACCAUCAAGUACGUAGAGAAGAAGCUCAUGGACAAGGGGGUUCAGCGGAUGGAGCGCCACCCGGCCGACGGCAUCGGCAUCAGGAAGCCGCCGCCCAAGAGCGGGCACGGCGGCAAGUACACGUGGGAAGGCCCCGGGGACAUGGUGGAGAGCGAGCUGGAGGCGGCGCCGGCGGCCCUCGACGAGAAGGACCCUAACUACGUGGACGAAGAACGGGAGGAGAAGGGCGUCGGUGAUUUGGUGGUCGGUGAGGUUGAGGUGGCUAAGGCCGCGGAGGGGGAAGAAGGUGUUGGCAGGCUAGACGUCGAUCCCCGUUUGGUGCCCAACUGACUUCUUGUAUCCGUUGUUUUAAUACUUGUUUUUUUAUUUUUUAUUUUCCCUUCUUUCCUUGUGUUUAUUAGCUGUUGCUUGUGCCUUAGUGUUGUUUAAAGUUUAAACUCGUAAUUAUUAUCAAUGCAAAUUGUAAAAUAAAGUUUUCUGA